GCUGCUGCUACAAGAGAGUGUGGGAGGCGCGGCGCCCGGCUUCGGGGACUAUGACCCGGGGAGCGGUGUGUAAUUGAAGGCAGGAGCAGGAGCAGGAGCAGGAGCAGGAGCAGGAGCAGGAGCAGGAGCAGGAGCAGGAGCCCUCGGCCCGGGACUCCGAUGCCGCCCCCGGCCAUGCCCUGGAGUCUGGGCUAUUGCAGCCCCGGGGGCGGUCAGCAGGAAUCGCGGUGGCGGAAACGCUGCAGGAAAUCAUCGUUUGCUUUUUACCAGGCGGUGCGGGACCUGCUGCCUGUCUGGAUGCUGGAGGAGAUGAGGACCAUGGAGGUGUUCCACUGGGAGGACAGUGGCCGCAUCAGCAGCUACUCGCCGUCCGAGGCUCUGCUCUAUGCCCUGGUGCACGACCACCAGGCGUACGGCAAGUACCUGCUGAGCGAGCACCCCCGGGCUGCCCUGGCUAUGUCCAGCACCAGCUUCUGUUGCUGCUCGGUCCUCGGCCAGCACCUGGCCAUGGCUGUGCGCUACAACCGGGUCGCCACCCUGUCGCGGAUCCUCGACAGCCUGCGCCGCUUGCCGGAGGGAGAGCGCCGCCAGUACAUCGACCGCCGGGGCUGCGAGCAUGUGGAGAGCGGCAAGACCCCACUGCACUUGGCGUGCGAGCUGGUCAGGCCCGAGUGUUUGACCCUGCUGCUCGGCCACGGCUCGUCUCCUUACAUCAGGGACUGCCGCGGGGACACGGCUCUGGACACCUUACUGCAGCAGCUGGGUUCCAGUCCCCUGGACAAUCCCAGGAUGGCCAGGUGCCUGCAUCACCUCCUGCUAUUCAUGCCCGAGCUCCAGUUUCAGAUGAAGACGACGCUGAAGGACAAUGCCAGUCUCUGGCGGACCGUUCUGGGGACACCGCUCUUCCAAUGGCUCUCGGGCUACAGCCCCGCUCCCCUCUUCAUAAAGGCCAUGCAAACUUUAAUCAGGACGAUAGACCCCGAGAAAUUCCCAGAGGGUCUGGACGAACUACCCAUAUCCCAUCUCCUCCGAACUCUGGACUUUAAACUGACUGCAGGCGGCACUGUCCGUUCAAACUUCGAGUGAUGCCGCUUUUAACCUUUAAUGCGAUUUUAUAUAUAGACUUUAUAUGUAUUUAUAUAUUUUAAAAAUGCUGUUUAGAAGCUUAUAAAUGAACGGCUCAAUGAAGUGCCAAGCCGAUAUGUAGUGAACUUCAGAGUUGAGAAUUCUCCAGAAUGUAAGCUUAAAAAUGUGUUGCUGGAAAAGCGCAGCAGGUCAGGCAGCAUCAAAGGAGCAGGAGAAUCGACGUUUCGGGCAUAAUGUUCAAAGUGCAUUGAAACUGUAGAGUCCUACAGUUUCCAAUGUAGUAUUGAUUCGACUUUUUUUUUUGCGAGAAUAAAUCUAUUUUAACACA